AUGGACAGCCUCGUCGGUCGAUGGAAUAUGGAGAAAGGACUCUGCACAGGGACAGAUGCACUGCUGAAACUGCAAGGCAUAAACUGGGCGCUCCGGAAAGGCAUCGGGCUAGCAAGCCUGCGACUCGACGCAUCCAUCUACAAAGACGACCAAAAGCCCGACUCGGAUGUGACGGUUGUCGAUGUCGCCACAACCCCAACAGGCGGACUGGGAGUGACAAGAGAAAGACGAGUCCUGGACUGGUCGCUUGUUGACCACAAAGACUACCUGUUCGGGUCGAAUCAGCACCAGACGCAUUGGGUCUAUGGGGUUAAAGAUGGAGAGGGGCGGGCGUAUCCCGAGUUUGAGCUACAGACUAAGGUUGCGAAGGAUGGGGAGAGGGUCAAGAGGUUUAUGCGUGGCGAGAUAUUGGAGGAUGGGAAAGAGACGGCGUGGGAUUUGGAUGAGCCGGAUGCUGAGGAUAGGCAUGUAUGGCUUCAUACGUUUGUCAGGAAUUUGGACUCUGGGUGGACUGCUGAGCAGAUCUGGGGAUUCGAGGUGAUCAAUGGCACGCGGUACCAUACAAGGCGCAUUGUGUCUGUCAAUACCAAGGGCGAAUACGUGCUGGGCAGGCUGGUCUAUAGUUUUGUGGGCAGGGAAUAG